AUGAUACUGAACUCCUCAUCUCUGAGCCUUCUAAUGAACAACUCCUCUGCCUCAUCCUCUUCCUCGUCCUGUCGUCUGCGGGAGCAGUUCAGUCUGAAUGGGAUGUACCAGAAGGGUGAUGUGAUUCUGGGAGGUCUGUUUGAGGUCCACUACUUCACUGUGUUCCCUGAGCUAUCUUUCACAUCAGAACCCCAGCAGCUCUACUGUGAGGGUUUUGACAGUUUUGGUUUCCAGCAGGCCCAGACUAUGGCGUUUGCUGUAGAUGAGAUCAACAGAAACCCUGACCUUCUGCCCAACAUCAAGCUCGGAUACCAGCUCUACGACAACUGCCUGAAGCUGGGAGUAUCAUUCCGUGCUGCCAUGUCAUUGGCCAGUGGGAGAGAGGAAGAGUUCCUAUUGGAUGAGACUUGUUCUGGGUCACCCCCGGUGCUAGGGAUUGUGGGAGACCCAGGGUCCACACACUCCAUUGCCAUCUCCAGUGUCCUAGGGCUGUUCCGGGUUCCCAUGGUGCGAGCCAUGAUCCAGAUCCUACAUCGGUUGGGUUGGACAUGGGUGGGCCUGGUGUUCAGUGAUGAUGACUACGGAUUUCAUGCUGCCCGGUCCUUCCACUCAAGCCUGGCCAAGUCAGGGGGCUGUGUGGCCUAUUCCCAGGUCCUGCCCAAAGACAACCGCCCCACAGAGCUGCAGAGGAUCGUGGGAGAGAUCAAGAGCUCCACUGCUCGUGUGGUGGUGGUGUUCUCCAACGAGGCCUACCUGCUCCCUCUGGUGGACGAGAAUGUGAAGGGUCUCCAGUGGAUCGCCAGUGAAGCCUGGACCUCCUCCACUGUGUUUCACACCCCCCGUCUCAUGCCCUACCUGGGGGGUACCCUGGGUAUCGCCAUCCGUCGUGGAGAGAUACCCGGCCUCAAGGACUACCUGCUUAACGUCCGCCCUGACGACCAACCUGCCAAUAACCCUGAAAACAACAUGGUGAGACAGUUUUGGGAGGCUGUGUUUGGGUGCAGGUUGGAGCCCCCAGCAGGUUGGGUGGAGGCUGGGGGUGAUGUAUGUACAGGUCAGGAGGACCUGAGGGACGUGGAGACUGACUAUGGGGACGUGUCUGAGCUCAGGCCAGAAUAUAACGUGUAUAAGGCAGUGUACGCCCUGGCCCAUGCCCUGCAUGACCUAUUGCAAUGUGUGCCAGGGAGAGGACCUUUCAGCGGGCACCGCUGUGCCAGCCUACAGAGACUGGAGCCCUGGCAGCUGAUCCAUUACCUGGAGAGGGUUAACUUCACCACAGAAUUUGGCGAUCGCGUUUCUUUCGAUGACAACGGGGACGCCCUGGCUAUCUAUGACAUCAUGAACUGGGCGUGGCUCCAGGACGGGAGCGUGCAGGUGGAGAAUGUGGGUGUGAUUGACGAAUCAGCCCCCGCAGGACAAGAGCUCACACUGGACCCCCCACGAUCAGUGUGCAGUGAGAGCUGUCCCCCAGGCACCCGUGUAGCCAGGAAGAAGGGGGAGCCUGUCUGCUGCUUCGACUGCAUCUCCUGUGCUGAGGGAGAGGUCAGCAACACCACAGACUCGGCCGAGUGCUUGAGAUGUCCAGAGGACUUCUGGUCCAGCCCGGAGCGUGACCUCUGCAUCCCUAAGGGGGUUGAGUUCCUCUCCUACCAGGAAUCACUGGGCAUCUCCUUGAUGACUGCCUCGUUGCUAGGAGCCCUCAUCUGUGCAGUUGUCCUCGGAAUCUUCACCCGCUACAGGAACACGCCUGUUGUCAAGGCUAACAAUUCUGAGCUGAGCUUCCUGCUUCUGCUGUCACUCAAACUCUGCUUCCUGUGCUCGCUGCUGUUCAUUGGCCGGCCCCGGCUGUGGACAUGUCAGCUAAGGCAUGCAGCAUUUGGUAUCAGCUUUGUUCUCUGUGUCUCCUGUAUACUGGUGAAGACGAUGGUGGUACUGGCUGUGUUUAGGACCUCUAAGCCUGGGGGCAAUGCCAGCCUGAAGUGGUUUGGUGCAGGGCAGCAGAGAGGAACAGUCCUGGUUCUCACCUCAUUCCAGGCUGCUAUCUGCACAGCCUGGCUGGUUUCAGCCUCUCCAACUCCACACAAAAACACGCGCUACCAUAUUGAUAAGAUUGUAUAUGAGUGUGUGGUGGGGUCGGUAGCAGGGUUCGGAGCGUUAUUAGGCUACAUCGGAAUUCUGGCAUUCCUUAGCUUCCUCUUGGCUUUCCUGGCUAGGAAUCUUCCAGACAACUUCAACGAGGCCAAGUUCAUCACCUUCAGCAUGCUGAUCUUCUGUGCUGUGUGGAUCUCCUUCGUCCCUGCCUACAUCAGCUCCCCUGGGAAGUACGCAGACGCUGUGGAGAUAUUCGCCAUCUUAGCUUCCAGCUUUGGCCUCCUGGUGGCUCUGUUCGGCCCAAAGUGUUACAUCAUCCUGCUGAGGCCAGAGAGGAACACCAAGAAGGCUCUGAUGGGCCGGGCCACAACCAAGACAUAGGGAGAAUCUUCAUUCCAUUUCCAUUAUUCCUCACGUCCUCUCUCCUCACCUUCUUCUCAAAACACAUUAGAUCAGAAGGUUUGGAAGGGCCGGAUAUCUAACCUUCUCAUUCAUUGGGUUUUGAAAAGGAGACCGAGGAGAGAGGACACGAGGAAUCACGUAAAGGAAAUUGAGAUUCUACCAUAGGCUCAAUACCAUAACAACAGUUUACAGUGGAUUCCUCUCCUCGUCUUCUUCAUGUCCUCUGCGCUGAUCUGAAAUAUGAACACUAGGUGGAGGUACAAUGCCUGCUAGGGAUUUGCUUCACACUCUUUCAAUGCAAAGAAAGGAAAGGAGACAUGUAUAGUAACAGAGUAUGAUGGUCUCAAAUAGUUUUUAGUAGCUGCUUUUAGUUUCCACUUCUGUUUGUAGUUUGAUGGCAUUAAAUCAAAUCAAAUUAAAGAGAUUUAAUUGUUAUGUUAGUACCCUGGUGAUGUGUAGCCUGUAAUUGGUUAUAAUUAUCAUUUUCUGUGACUAAAUAUUAAUCACAUAAUAAAUGAUUUCUUUCCUUGGGCUUUUAAGUAGGCUUUUGAUUUACUUAAUUUGUCUAUGUGUGUGACUUUAAACUUCUAGGGGAUAGGUUAUCCCCUAUGAGUGGGUUUCUACAUCGAAAGGCUUUCGAUUGAAUUGUUACAUCGUGUGGAACAGCAUAACAUACCUGUUCCUUCUAAAGGAUUCUGCUGCCACACUCAUU